UGUGCGCCGGUCGACGACGCCAUUUGUGAAAUAAAUUUGUUCAAAAUAAAUUUCACGUGCUCUUCUGGAGUCCGUGUCGUAAAUAAUUAUAUUUAGUAACUACAAAUCAUGGCCGAUAACGACGAACUUCUCGACUACGACGAGGAUGAAGAGCAGGCGGAACAGCAGACUACCGAAGGGGCGGCAGACGCGGUUCCCAAGAAAGAGGUUAAGGGUUCUUACGUAUCAAUCCACAGCUCUGGCUUCAGAGAUUUUCUCUUGAAACCGGAGAUUUUGAGAGCAAUCGUCGACUGCGGUUUCGAGCAUCCUUCAGAAGUCCAGCAUGAGUGCAUUCCACAAGCCGUAUUGGGCAUGGACAUUCUAUGUCAAGCGAAGUCCGGUAUGGGGAAAACGGCCGUGUUUGUUUUAGCAACAUUGCAGCAGCUGGAACCGUCUGAGAAUCAUGUUUACGUGCUAGUUAUGUGCCACACUCGUGAGUUGGCCUUCCAGAUCAGCAAAGAGUAUGAAAGAUUCUCAAAGUACAUGUCUGGUGUACGUGUGUCCGUGUUCUUUGGCGGAAUGCCCAUCCAAAAGGAUGAGGAAGUGCUGAAGACCGCCUGCCCGCACAUCGUCGUGGGAACUCCCGGCAGAAUCUUAGCUUUAGUCAACAGCAAGAAAUUAAACCUGAAACAUCUAAAACACUUCAUCCUGGACGAGUGUGACAAAAUGCUGGAAUCUCUGGACAUGAGGCGCGACGUGCAGGAGAUAUUUAGGAACACCCCACACGGAAAACAAGUUAUGAUGUUCUCCGCUACUUUGAGCAAGGAAAUCCGACCAGUGUGCAAGAAAUUCAUGCAGGAUCCUAUGGAGGUGUACGUAGAUGACGAGGCCAAGCUGACACUGCACGGACUGCAGCAGCAUUACGUGAAGUUGAAGGAAAACGAGAAAAACAAAAAGCUUUUCGAGCUGUUGGAUGUUUUGGAAUUCAACCAAGUUGUGAUAUUUGUGAAGUCAGUGCAACGUUGUAUAGCACUAGCUCAAUUGCUGACAGAUCAGAACUUCCCUGCUAUUGGAAUCCACAGAAACAUGACUCAAGAUGAGCGUCUUUCUCGUUAUCAGCAAUUCAAGGACUUCCAGAAGCGAAUCCUUGUUGCCACCAACCUGUUUGGACGAGGAAUGGAUAUUGAGCGAGUGAACAUAGUAUUCAACUAUGACAUGCCUGAAGACUCAGACACCUACUUACACCGAGUGGCUCGCGCCGGGCGUUUUGGUACCAAGGGUUUGGCCAUAACCAUGGUAUCUGAUGAAAAUGAUGCCAAGAUCCUGAAUGAAGUGCAAGACCGUUUCGAUGUGAACAUAACGGAGUUGCCUGAAGAGAUAGAGCUGUCUACUUACAUUGAGGGCCGAUAAUUAUGGACUUUAGUGUUUCAUUCCCAUUUUGUACCAACUUUGUGGUAAUUAACUUUAGACAUCCGGCUGUCAUUCACCAACAUGAGUGUUGUUUCAUUUAGUUUGUUAAUCUAUUGUAAGUUUGACAGAGUGAUCACCUUGUGUAAUACAUUGGUAGGCACAGCUCAUGUCCAAAUACUAAUAAUUUAGGUUUAAAAGUAAUUAAAGUGACAUUUGAUAUUGUGAAAA